AUGGAAUUCCGCGGCAAUGGACGGGGCCUGCUUGCGCCCUCUCAUAGGUCCCGUUACACGGUAGAUCGCCCGCGAUUUCACUCCUUCGAAUCCAAAGGUAGAAAUCUUCCGGGUUCUAACGUCCAGCACUCUGAAAUUGAGGGCCUCAGAAGGUGUGUUGCAAUCUUUCGAAGUCCCAUGAUACAUUUAAAUGUAGCACAGUUUAAUUCGCUAUGUGAUAAUAGUGCAUGGGACGAACAUUUUGAGAAGAGCUGGGGCUAUGGCAGAUUGUCAAGGUAUGAGGAGAACUCGAUUGGAAACACCAAGCGAGCCCGGAAAUCGAAGAAGAGACGCAAGAAAGCACAACAACAGCAACUAUCCCAGCCAAACUCAAAGACAGGCAUUGAGAAGCACAGAGAAGAUGCUCAAUUGGCAAUGUACGUGAUGUUCGCAAGCUACACACGUGCCAAAGACAUCAGUGCUGACUAGUCAUACAAAGCGAAGAGUUUCCUUUCCAGCCACUGGCAAAUUUCUCAAAAGUGCAGAGUCACGAGGAACAAGAGUGUAAUUUACGGGAGCCAUAUUCCUAUCUUCCUUCAGAAACACCCGAGUUCUGCUUGCCUGGUGUCUUUGGGUCCUCAAGUGCAGCACAUACAGAAUACCCUGGUUUGGAGACCUCAAAACCAAUAUUCGAGCGAGUAGAGUUUACAGACUUUUCGUUUAUUAACGCGCCAUUCUACCCGAGUGCUACUCGCCAAGACCUCGUCGAAGCUUGGUCUUUGCUGUCUGUCCCAGUAACCACAAGACAUGACCAACGAGAACACAUGCCAGAGCAAGUACACAUCAACGAACAGUCGUUCCAAAAAAAACUUACCUCUUCAAUACCAGGACUCAAAUUCGGCAGGGAUAUUGAUUGGGGCGACAAUAGUAUUGAUGGAAGUGAUAGCGACCUGGAGGAGGGAGAAAUACGUGAAUUUCCACGGCAGGACCCAAAGAACAUCAAGCUUGAGAUGGAUCCGUAA